AUGGUCGGUUCCAUUGUGCGCACCCUCUUCGCGCCCGCCGUCCGCCGGCCCCUCCUCUCCGCCUCCAUCCCCUACCACUUCGCCAAACCCCGGACGCCGACGCCGACGACAGCCUCACCCAUCCUCGCCGCCGCCGCCGCCUUCUCCACGACAGCGGCCCGCCCCGCCACGCUGAACCAAGUCCUGCGCGGCAUCCGCAAGGGCAAGCGCGCUCGCCACGCCGUCUCCCCCGCGCUGGCCAACACGUCGUCCCCGGCGCUCAAGGGCGUCUGCCUGCGCGUCGGCGUCGUCCGCCCCAAGAAGCCCAACUCGGGCGAGCGCAAGACGGCGCGUGUCAAGCUGUCGAGCGGCGCCCUCAUCACGGCGUACAUUCCCGGCGAGGGGCAUAAUAUCCAGCAGCACAGCGUCGUGCUGGUCCGGGGCGGGCGUGCGCAGGACUGUCCUGGUGUGCGGUACCACCUUGUGCGCGGAGCGCUGGAUCUGGCUGGUGUAGGUACGCGCGCGACGAGUCGAAGCAAGUAUGGCACGAAGAAGCCGAAAAAGGCCACGAUUGGCUAA